CUAUUUAGUGAAUGUGAAGUUACUAACAUGUGGUGUUCGAAAUUCAAUGUACUGUCGUUUCUCAUCGUACUCCAGAGCUUUGUGUUUGCUGAAGAUAAUCGUUGUCAAGGAGUCCCGGAUCUAAGCUUCAUUCCCAGCCCAAACGCUUGCUACUUAUACUACAGCUGCAUCAAUGGCAACGCAUACCCACAAAUUUGUCCUCCAGACGAAUGGUUUUCAAUGCAGCAGCAGCAAUGUGCACCGAUAGACCAAUCAGAAUGUGACCUAACCGAGCCACCCGUUUUGCCAGAAGCACCCGCACCAGAUCCAUCCCCACUAUGUGAUGAUGUACUGAACUUUCGUUACGUGGCUAGCGUUGACUCCUGUCAGUGGUAUUACCAGUGCAUAGAUAGAAUAGCAUAUCGUCUCUCCUGUCCACUAUUUUCUUGGUUUGACGAAACGCUUCAACGAUGUGGAUCGCUCUACGAUGUGGAAUGUAACAUAGAGGCGUCAACUACCACUACAGUACCUACUCCACCCACAGUUGAUCCUCUUGAUAUAUGCUAUGGUCAGCCAGAUUUCAAGCUUAUACCUAGUAAUACGCUUUGUGAAAGAUAUUAUUCGUGUUAUCAAGGUAUUGCUUAUCCGAAUCAAUGUCCUUCGGGUCUAUGGUUCAAUCCUAACACCAAUAUGUGUGAUGAUCCGGAAAAUGUGGAGUGUCCAGCUAACACGAAAGCUCCUCAAUAAAUAUGAUCCUGCAGCAAACUCGAACAAAAACAUAUUAUAAAGCUUGAACAAUAUGGCCGGUUAUAAAUACCUUUGAUUAUUGAGGAAUAAACACGAAUUUCUUUAAUUACAGAAAUCA